GGAGGGGAAUACAGUGAAGAAGGGUUUUUGAAUUUGAAUUUCAGAGGGAAACACACCAGCGUAGUGAGAGGGAGGGAGAUAGAGAGAGAGAGAGAGAGAGAGACAUACACACAGGCUGAGGGGUGUGUCAUAGCAAUUUAGUUCCUCAAGGAAGUACAGCUCAACAUUAUCUUAAGACAGGGUGGCAAGCACUGACAGAAGCGCUGCAGGAGGGCUGCUCUUUUUUGGGGGGUGUUUUUUUCUUUUUGGUUCGGUGGAGAUGAAGGGAUCUCUUUAGGUUAAGCGGCCUGUGCUGUCCACCUGAUACACAGAGCGAGAGAGAGAUAUCUGACAAGGAGGGAGGGGGACUCGGCACACUCACAGGCGAACCAUGGAUGCAUUCAGCUCCAAGGACAUGGCCUUGAAGGCCCAGAAGAAGAUCCUCAGCUCCAUGGCCACCAGGAGCUCCGUGCAAAUGUUCAUCGACGACACUACCAGCGAGAUCCUGGACGAACUGUACAUCGUCUCCAAGGGCUACUCGGGAAACAAGUCUGAGGCUCAGAAGGUCAUCAAAGACCUGAUCAAGAUCGCCGUGAAGAUCGGCGUGCUGUUCAGAAACAACCGCUUCAGCACAGAGGAGCUGGGAGUGGCCCAGGACUUCAAGAAGAAGCUGCACCAGGGGGCCAUGACGGCGAUCAGCUUCUACGAGGUGGACUUCACCUUCGACAAGGCCGUGAUGUCGGAGCUGCUGUCCAGCUGCAGGGAUCUGCUGCUGAAGCUGGUCAACACCCACCUCACGCCCAAAUCCCACGGCCGCAUCAACCACGUCUUCAACCAUUACUCCGACCCGCAGCUCCUGACCCAGCUAUACGACCCCAACGGCAACUUCAGACCCAACCUCACCAAGAUCUGUAAAGGACUCAACAAACUGGUGGAGGACGGAACAAUAUGACGCACGCCGGGCGAAGCGUUUCAGAACAGACACUGGGAGAUCAACAGGCAGAGCUCGCCACAGGCUCUGAACCGUUGGGACAAAUGAUUCAAAAGUCUUACCUGCUGCCGAGGACCUGCAAUGUAAGACGAGUGAUUUGAGAACAAAUGUGCAGCCCCGAAGUUCUCAGAGAACGUGUGGGAAAAAGAAUAAAGAUUGUGGAGUCGAGUUUGUAUUGUUUAUAGGUGAUACAUAUAGAAUAAACUGUACAAUUGUGAUGCCUAA